CGGGAGACAGCACCGGCGCCUGCGUGGCCGGGGCCGCGCUCUCCGAGAAGGUCACCGACGACAUGUUGACGAGGUGAUGUGUAGGUUGAAGCUUGAUGGAGCGGGACGGAGUGAUGGUCCCGGUGAGGGUGGUGCUUGCUUGCGCUCUUGGAGGCAAAAGGCAAAGUCUUAGCAGCGAGUGUGCGCAGACCUAAAAAGGUAACGCGUCUUGAAGGCUCGCUCGCGAACACGGCUGAACCGUCGGUAGUUGGAGAUCGUGGUGACCACAUUUUGGUUGGGCGCUUUUUCACUUGGUGUGAGUAAGUGUAUGCCUGGAGUGGACAAGCGCGUCCGUUGGGCCAAUUAGGCCCUACGAUGGGCACUUGGCCUGUCUACGACGUCCACUUACUCGAAGCAAGUGAAAAACUCGAUUUGGGAAUUUUUGAAAAAGAAGGCCAAAGAUCGUCGCAGACCUUCCGAUACAAAAACCAAGUCAAAGCCGGUGGCCAGCAGACGCCCAAACACGUCAGCUAG